UGUCGUAGUUACAUUACAUUUUUAAUUUUCUUCUGAGAAUUAUUAUUUGCUUGCUUGCAUUUCUACUAGAAAUGUCAUUUAUUUUGUGGCGAUCGUAUUCAAAAGCAAGAAACAAUGUUUUAUCAUGUGCAAACAAUUGCAAUUCGCUCUCAUCGAUUUACACUUAUUUUACUCGUACGUUUAGUGACGAGAAAUUUUAUGAUCCAGAAUUUAGUAACAGCACGAUUUUAAUAGAGAAUGGAUUCAAUGUACAUGAAUUACCAGUUGUUGUAAGGAAAUUGAAAGAUCUAGCAGAUUUAAAUGUCCCUCCGUCGACCGAAACUCCACGAGCUACAAAUGACUCUCUCAGUUAUCAUCUGAUACAAGAAGAGUUUAAGCAAUGCAUGGAUUUACGUGAAGUUUUUUCAUUAAUAACAAAAUGUACUAAAAUUACUCCAAAUAUUGCAUUAGGAGCUAUUGAAAGGAUAUAUGACUUAGAAAAAGAUGGAAACUUGUAUGUGCCAAAAACAGAAAAUAUUCAUAUAAAUUUUGCUAAAGGUGCUAUAUUAGAAAAAUUGUUAAAAGUUGUUAUGAAGACUGAAGACACCCAAACAAUACUUAAUGUACUCAGGACAACAUCAUUGGUUAUGGAACCUCAUAAACACAAGUUUUGCGAUGAGUUAUUUUUAAGAGUAAUUGACAAUAAGUUAACUUUAGAACAAUUGUGUGACUUCGCAUUGUUCCUAAUUAAAAAUAAUAAUCAACAAAAAUAUUCAGAAACUAUUGAUAAGUUGUGGGUUGGAUUUGUUGAUAAGGAGAAAGAGAUAAAUGAAACUAAUAUUGUGCAUGUCUUUGCAGUUCUGCCAGGAUUGAGAGUCAGCAAAAAAACUAUUGUAGCGUUACUAGAACUGAAAUUAUCUGAAUUAUGGUCUAAAAUCAAAGUUCAAGCUAUGCAAGAUAUUAUUAAUAUUUUCAUUACAGAAAAAUACUUUUCAUUGCAGUCUUUCCCUGUUUUGGGACAUUGGUUAUAUACAAACAUCCAUGCUUUAGAUGAUGAUGAAUUAUUAGAUAUUAUUACAAAGUUCAAUCGGCUGAAGUACACAGAUCAGCAAGUUGAGGCAGCUGUUGAAAAGUUCUUGAAACUUAAAGGAUCAAAAAUCAAAUCACAGGUUUUAGUCAUAGGUAUUUUGAAUUAUUGUAUGCAGUUUCAAUUGUGCAAUCAACAUAUUCUCAAUGUCUGCAGUCAAUAUUUUUUAAAUAACAUAAAACAGGUGCCGUCCAGUUUUUUAAAGUCUUUUAUAUACCCAUUUGGAUAUUUAUACUCAAGUCCUAGUCCUGAGUUUUGGACAUCAGUGGAAGAUGUUCUUCUGGAUAAUUGUUACAAAAUUAAUACUGAUGAUCUGAGUUCAAUUAUUCUUUCGUACAUAUACUGUGGUCAAUACCCAUUGAAGUUGGUAUACAAAAUAUUUAGUCCAGAAUAUAUAGCUAAAGUAAAUAAUAAUGAUGUUUUGAAAAAACUUCAUUUAAUUGAUACGGCCUUAUCAUUAGAGUGUAAAGAAUAUUCCGGUCCAUUAUUACCAAAAGAUCAAUGGUUUCAACCAGUGUUGCAAGACUGUAGAAUUAAAAAUAUUGUAGAAAAGAUUAAGGUUAAUAUUUUGUCUGUAAUUGGUGGAUCUAUGGAAUUAUCAACAGGUAUUGUGUUACCAAACUAUUGUUCUGAUGAAACAUACUUAAUUGAUGUAAUGUUGCACCCAGUGGGAAAAGGCGAUAAUACUUUUAACUGGAAAUCUCCAACUAUAAGAAAUGGUAGCAUAGCUAUUCUCAUCCAUUUGCCUGACCAUUAUUGUUUUGAUUGUGAACAAUUAAUUGGCCCUCAGAUCAUGAAGAAAAAGCAAUUAAAAAUACUGGGUAUCAAAGUAGUAAGCUUAAAGUACACAUCACUUAGUAAGUUUUAUACAUCUCAUGACACGGUAUCACUUGAGAAAUAUCUCACAGAGAAAAUCAACAAUGCUGAACCUUGCUCGUAAAAUUAUCUUGAUUAUAAAAUAAGUUAUAUUAAUGUUAGUAAACAGGAAUUAUAUAUAAAAUGAAAUGUAAGUACAUAAAAUAUUUAUCAGUUUUAUUAUGUUGUUUAGUUAUCAGAUCAAUUGUUAAUGCACUUUUAAUCUUAUAAUGUCAUGUUUCAUGGGUUAAACUUUGGUUCAUAUAUAAAUUUUGCCUUUUUAAUGUAAUUCUAAAAUUAAAAAAAGCAUAUAAAACGAAGUUAUAUAUGUUGUAAUAUAUAUAUAGUAAGUAUAACAACAGUUCAUUUAUUAAUGAUUUUUUUCUACAAAUAGUGUAUAUGUUAAGUUUUAAUUCAUUUACAGAUGUGCUUCUUACUGCAUUGAAUUUUCUUCUUUAAGUAGAUACAUUGAUUAAUAAACAAACAUUUGUGAUAAGUGAACCAAACACAUAUUAAUAGACCUCUGGCCUGCCUAAUGAUUAUAUUUUAUCUAUUUUGAUAAUUAUUGUUGUAAAGGUGGUAAUUCUGAUACUUGAAUUUGUAUAUUCUGAGUAAAAUUUAUAUUUAGUUCUAUAUUGUUAGAAGAAUUAGUUGAAACUUAUAAUAGAAAAAAUCAUCAGCUUAAAUUUAGAAUAUAUUCGUUAAAUUGUAUUUUUAUAUUAUAAUACAAAAAUAUAUAUAUUUUUAAAAAAUAUUAAAAGUAUUCAUCAACUUUGUGAUAUAUAUAUAUGGAUAUUAUGAUACAAUUUUACAGUUUAAAUAAGUGAACUAUUUUUCUAGUCUCGUUUUAGUGAUAUACAUAAUGUACAAAAAUUCCAAAAUUUGUUGAACAAAUACCUACAUGUCAAACUACUGAAAUUUGUUUUGAAGAAGCAAUUGAGAGGGGUCACAAUUUGUAAUAAUCUAUUUUUAAACUUUUCAAAUUCUUUGUCUUCCUCUCACUUAAAUGUAAAAACUCUUCGCGUAAGCGAUAUUCUAUAAAAGAUUUAUUUUUAAAACUAUUGAUAUAUCAACAUCGUAGCCUCCAUUAAAUCGCGGCCAUUAUGGAAUAACGGUAACCCCCUUUUAAAAAAGUAAGUAGUAAAAUUAUGCGUUUUUGGAAAACUUCAUUUUGAAGCAGCGAAUUAGGUGUUUAUAGUGUUGUCCGGUACAGACCAAUUGAUUUAUUGGAUUGUUUAAAAUAUUAUAUAUUAUGUACAGUCUUUUUCGUAUUGAGGUAGUGUUAGUAAAAUGUUAUACUAAUCGUCAUUUGAAUACCUGAUAUACAUUUUAUAAGUCAUGUUUUCGAUCACUAGCAUAUAUAUAAAAAUACAAACAUUUAAUAUAAGUUCUGACUGUUUUAUUCGAAUAUAUGCCUAAAUGUUUUUAUUUCGAUUACUUUCUGUUUUGUAAUCUUGUACCUAGCGUACUGUAGGGAAUUGUGUUUAAACAUUACAAUAGUCAUGUUCUAAGUUAUUCGAUAAUAUUGAUAUCGUCAGUCGAAAGGAAAAAAGCUAAAUGACCAAAACGGUUCUUUUAGGAAUUGAUGUUUUAAUUAAUUUCAAGGCAUAAUUUGUUAGUUUGAACUAAAUCGAGGUAACAAAAAGUGAGAUAUGAAUUUUCUUUUUCAUUUCCACUGGUUAAAAUAUCGUCUUGUCUAUUGUAUUGCUUCCAUGUUUUUGUUCGUGUAGAUAACUGGCAUAGACAACGAUGGAGAGAAAUUGAAAAUCUCAAAGUUCAUACGAAAUUGUAUUUUGUUUUUUUAUUUUAUUCUUAGAAUUGAAUAGG